UGGGAAAAUGGACGAAAUGUCAAACUAUCGACCGAUCCCCAUCCUACCAGUCAUAUCUAAAAUAAUGGAGAGAGCUGUUUAUGUUCAACUUGUGAACUAUCUUGAAGAAAAUGAAUUUUAACACCCAACCAAAACAGAUACAGGAAGAAACAAUCUACCGAAUUAGCCACACUCUAUCUGACAGAGGAAAUCAGGAAGAAGAUGGACAAAGGGAAUUUAACAGAGUACUAAACUUUGCAGACGAUACCGUGUUAUACAAUGGACGAAAAACAAGCCAGCAACUUGAGAUCGCUUUCAACGCUGAAUUGAAAAACGUAGACAGGUACUUCAUUGAAAACGAACUUGUAUUAAAUCUGAAGGCUGGAAAAACCGAAUUGAUGAUAUUCGGCACUCGCAAAAAUUUGAAUAAAAACGGAUCAACCUUGAACUUGGAAAUCAACGGAAAGCUAAUUAACGCAACCACCGAAUAUCGAUAUCUUGGGACUGUUCUCGACCAGACUUUGUCAAUGAACCAUCACUUUAUAAGUCUUUACAAGAAAAUGUCUGCCAAGCUUCAUUUACUACUCUCAUUGAAAUCCAACUUAACGAACAAUGCCAUCACUAAAAUCUAUGUUGGAAUGCUGCUGCCAACGCUUCUUUACUGCUGCACUACAAACCUGAAUCUUACCAACGGCCAGCAAAAUAAGCUUCAAUCACUUGAUAGAAGAAUUGCGAAGGUGACAGAAACGUCAAGUACCAAUUAUGAAUGAAAUAAAGAAACAUGCUGUCAUGCUCGUCACAAAAUGCUUGGAAAAAGCAGUGUGUAGCAAUUUUGAUGAUUUCUUCGAGAUAAGAUCGCCCAGUAGAAACACCCGAAACAACAAUUACUUAUUGACAAUACCUAGAGUGAGACUUGAAGUAAAUAGAUCUGGUUUUAAAUUUAUGGGAUCAAAGAUUUAUAAUGACUUGCCAAUCGAAAUUCGAAAAUCGGAUACUUUACCAAGUUUCGUAAGAAAAUCUAAAAGCUAUUUUAACCUGUAAUAAAUUAUUUUAUGCCUUAUUGUAAAGCUAGUAUUUUUAACUCAUGUUUUUAACUGUUAUAUAAUAAUAAUAUUUUAUAAUUUUAUUUUUCAGAGGACAUAUAUUAAGAGCAGUUUUUUAAAAGCUGAA